UAUUGAACUUUGAUGUUGCUCCUGUCAGCUGUUUGAAUGAAGGAGUAAUUAUUUAUUUCCGUGCUUUGGUUUACCAUGGUCGUCUGCUAGUCUGACUGUUGUGCAUUUAGCGUUACGGAAUAACCUUUGAGGUAGUGGAUAAAUGAUAGCGGACGCCAAGUUGAUUGAUGUUCACGGUAAAUACCCAAAGUUCGGGAGAAUCUUCUGACAAAUUGUGUAUCGUGCGACACGAAACAAAACGAUUGCAAAAUAAGCGUGAGAUCUGCGCGCAUAAACACACAUUAUAAACGGAUCUUGGACUGGAUUACUGGCUCAAAUGAAGGGUACUUCAACAACUGAAGUGGAAUUAAGAAAGCGUCUGCAGGACUGUACCAACUGAGUGGAACCAAUUUUUUAUAACCAGAGAAUAAAUGGAGUCAUGAGCCUAGUAUUGGUACCAGAAGACGUGUAUAAAAGUCAGCAUGUUAUGGCAUAACGCCCAAACGCAGACAUGAACGUGACUGUGAAUGCAAGUGCCAUUUUCGCGUUGCAGUUAAAGGGCGAAAAAGUAAUCGCGCUGCUUUUUUACGCGGUCCUUAUGCUGACUGACGUCGUGGGUAACGGACUUAUCAUUGCAGCCUUUUCCUACAAUCCAAGACUUCGCUGCGUCACUAAUAUCCUAGUCAUAGGUCUCUCCGCGGCGGAUAUUCUAGUCGGUGCGAUUUCUAUUCCAUGCUGGAUGAGUAUUACUCUUCGCCAAUUCGACCACGCCCCGUUAGAUCUGUAUGUCUACCAGUUUUAUAUCACUUCUGACAUCUUUAUCGGAACUGCGUCCAUUCUUCAUCUGACCUGCAUAGCGAUGGAGCGCUGCCAUGCGGUUUUACAGCCAUUCAACCACAGGCUGAUCUCGCGGCGUGUCUUCUACGUGAUCGUCACGUGCGUAUGGGUGUUCUCUGCUGGGAUUGCGUUACUGCAGCCAUUCCAAAAGGACACUUGGGAACACGUGUACACUCUCAUGACUACCAUCAUCUGCUUCUUCAUCCCAACAACCAUCAUACUCGUCUCAUACAUAUGCAUCUUCAAGCGAUCCAGGGGUGGUCGCCACCUAUGUCGGCAUCGUAACACUCAAGCGGUUAUGGCACAAGAGCUCCGCCUGUCAAUCACUGUCUGCCUUAUCACUGUCCUGUUCGUGUUGUCAUGGCUACCACUAUUCAGCUUCUCAAUGGUUGCCACGUAUAAUCCGCGCAUGCUCCCUGGGGCGACCGCUUGCCGGCGCAUAAUAGCUUUCGUCAAAUGGAUGCAUUACAGCAGCAGCGCGUUGAAUCCGUUUCUCUACUCGUACAGGAAUGCUGAAUUGGGUAAGACUAUAAAGGCUAUGUUAUCCCGAAUCUUCUUGGGCACGCCUUCUCCGUUAGUGGCUAAAACAAGGCCAGGGACCUCAAGUUCAUUUUCGUUUCGCUCGAGAAGUUUGAACUUUGGCCGGAAGACGAGCACCAACUCGAGCCAUAAGUCGUCUCAGCACUCAACGAAAUCGCAAGGGAGCCCUAAAAGACAUAAAGAAGACCAGAACAAUAAUAACGAUGGUAGCUACCCUGACAGGACUUUUGUUUAGGCGAUAGGGUACACUUUUUUUUAUAAGAACCUUUUUAUUAGAACGUCUAGCCUGAGAUUAUUUCAAAUAUUAAGAACAUGCUAAGAGCAUGUCGAGAAUCAGAUAUCAGUUAAAUUUGCUUUGUUACUCUGAUGCGUUAACAAUCGUGUUCAUAAUAACCUUAAUUAUUAUAUUGCUAGUGAUCAUUUGUGUAAUUCUCUUUCUAAUAUUGGGUAUUCUAUUUUUAUAUAGAAUAAAACUUGAGAACAUCGUUAAGAACAUUUGAAGCCUAUAACUGCUCCAAAAAUAAGAACGGCCCAGCCUCAAAUGAAACUAAGACGUUUUUUUUUAUAAAGAGUGUAGCUUAAUAUGCUUCGUAGGCAUUCGAAAUAUUUAUAGAUGCUUGGAUUUGCAAAGUCUAAGCAAGACUUUUUGUACAUUUUGAAGUUGAAAUAAUAUGGUUGUGAUAAAUCGAAAUGUUCGUAUUCGUUAAUUUAUUAAAAAAGUAUUGAAAAUAUCCUCCAUAGCCUUUAACUGUCCCAUCUAUCUAAAAACCUAUAAUAAACGAUGUUUUUUU